AAAAUGGAGUUUGAAUAAGUUUUAAUUUCUGAAAGUUUGCACGGCCAAAGUGCCCGAAGUUGCAUAAUCACCCAGCAACGUGUAUUACUAUGUGGUUAUGGUGCAGAUAAUUCAUUUACAGACAGUACAUGCACAGAUCAAAAUGGAAUAUCUUUAUCUCUUAUAGAACAUAUUGUAGUAUGGAAAUGGACGGAAUGUCUUCAUCCGCUCCACUAGGUGGCAGCACUGAGAAUGUGGAGGUCCUGGAACAAAAUCAGCGACAGUAGUCACUACUUCCCUUGCGCUGUGGAUACAUGUGGUAUUAUUUAUCUUGGAAUGCAACAGUGUUUCUUGCAAACGGGGAUUGCAAUUAUUUCUCUGAAAUGAAAUGUACUGGCUUCUCAGUAAACCGACUCGUACAAGCCAUGACCGCUGCAGAUUGUUGUCUCCGUCCCUGCAGAUGAUGACCAGCUCUGUCUUUAAAGGAGAGAACAAGACAUCCCCCACAGGGUUCCAGCCUAGAGCUACAAGACCCUAGAAUGAUGACCAGCUCUGUCUUUAAAGGAGAGAACAAGACAUCCCCCCACAGGGUUCCAGCCUAGAGCUACAAGACCCUAGAAUGAUGACCAGCUCUGUCUUUAAAGGAGAGAACAAGACAUCCCCCACAGGGUUCCAGCCUAGAGCUACAAGACCCUAGAAUGAUGACCAGCUCUGUCUUUAAAGGAGAGAACAAGACAUCCCCCACAGGGUUCCAGCCUAGAGCUACAAGACCCUAGAAUGAUGACCAGCUCUGUCUUUAAAGGAGAGAACAAGACAUCCCCCACAGGGUUCCAGCCUAGAGCUACAAGACCCUAGAAUGAUGACCAGCUCUGUCUUUAAAGGAGAGAACAAGACAUCCCCCACAGGGUUCCAGCCUAGAGCUACAAGACCCUAGAAUGAUGACCAGCUCUGUCUUUAAAGGAGAGAACAAGACAUCCCCCACAGGGUUCCAGCCUAGAGCUACAAGACCCUAGAAUGAUGACCAGCUCUGUCUUUAAAGGAGAGAACAAGACAUCCCCCACAGGGUUCCAGCCUAGAGCUACAAGACCCUCAGACAUUAGUUUAACAGAACAAGUUUCUCUGCCCAGAUUGAGACUAGGGGUAAUGUUCCCCUGCUCAGACGUUGCAUUCAUCAACCAAUGGUUGCCUGCCACGCCAUCAACUGUGUCAUCGACUGACAGAUUGCUAUAACAUGAUUUGGUUAGUUGAAACUUAAAAUACAUAUCCAGGCGCUGUGAGAUCAGGUCAGGCGUCAGCAACUUCUGAGCAGAGGAACGCGCCUUACAUUAACUCAAAGUGGAGGGAGGAGAUUCACUGCAUAGCGUUAACCUGAAUCAAAUCAAAAUGGCUGCUGUCGUUUCUUUACCUAUCGUGAGACUCCACAGACUAACAAAGGAUCAACUGUCUCUCGCUGCUCAGAAGAACAAUAACAAACCAGGCAGAAAACCAACAAAUAAGAAGAACUUCACCACCACCAGAGGAAAGAAACAAUCCACAGGAAAAGGAAAUGACUCUGCUGACAGCAACAGUGUUUCUAGCCAGGAAUCGCCGGCCCCUAAGCGGUGGAGUCGCCCCAAGGGAAGCAAAAACAAACCCAAGAUAAGUCUACAACUCUCCAGCGCUAUCUUGAGGCCUGACGAGGUAAAACAAGAGGUGAAACUAGAGAUGGACGAGCUGCCUAUCGGGACAAGAAUUGAACAUUGGUUGAACGCUGUGAAGCCAGAGAGCUACGACCCAGAGAUGGGUAACACCAAGGGACCUACAGAGAGCGACCCCAAGACAGAUGCACAUCACCUGGGUAUCAAGACAGAGGAUGCCCCCCUGUACCACCAGGAUGGAGGGAGACGUCUACGGUCGGCUACCAGCCAGCCGUUCAAUCUGACUGCAUUCCGGUCCGACCCAGAAUGGCGGCCUCGCAACCAGAAGGUCCGCCGGUUUCCGUGCCCAGAUUGUGGACGGAAGUUCUUCUCCAAAACCACGCUGGAGUUCCACUCCCGGAUCCACACACAGUACCGGCCGUACUCCUGCGAGGUGUGCCAUAAGACGUUCUCCCGGAAAGCCGGCUUGGACGAGCACCGGCCAAUCCAUGAUGCGGAACGUCCUUUCACCUGCCUCCAAUGCGGCAGGACCUUCACGUUCAAAUCCAACCUGACCCGCCACAUGCGAUUCCACAGUGAUGCGCAGCCCUACGUCUGCCCCCAGUGCGGCCAAAGCUUCAAGAUCUCCGCCCACCUGAAGCGCCACAUGACGGCCCACAGUGGGUGUAAACUGUACGUGUGCCCGGAGUGCGGCCAGAGUUACAUGAGUUACAUGAGUCUGAAGUAUCACCGGCUGAGCCACACCGGCGAGCGCCCGCUGUCCUGCCCAGAGUGUCCCAUGACCUUUGCCCGACCGCACAUCCUUAUGGUCCACCGGCUGAAACACACCGGGGAGUCGCCUUUCUCUUGCCAGGACUGUGGGAACCAGUUCAAACAGAGGUGCAAGCUGAAAGAACACGUUAGAAGGAAACACACAGGGGAGAAACCUUACAAAUGCUCCGAUUGCGACAAGUGCUUUGUCACUUCGUCGUCCCGUAAUGCACACAUGGUUGUCCACACAGCAGAGAAGCCGUACAAAUGCAUGGAGUGUGGUAUUAGCUACAGUCAGAGUGGGUAUCUAACGCAGCACAUGAGGAGACACACAGGGGAGAAACCAUACAAAUGCUCUGAGUGCGACAAGUGCUUUGUCAAUUCUACGUUGCGUAAAGUGCACAUGGUUGUCCACACAGGGGAGAAGCCGUACAAAUGCACGGAGUGCUGUAGGAGCUACAGUCAGAGUGGGUCCCUGAAGAGGCACAGGUGUAAGAAGAAACCCAGUGGCAGCGUUGUGGCAACACUGGGCAGGGUCAGAGUUCAGCAGGAAACAUCAUCAUUGGCAGAGAGGCCUUCUGAGUGGACUUCUCUAUGGUUGCCAUGACCACAGAUUGUGAGAGUUGGACCAGGCCAGCUGCUACUACCGCUAGAGGGUCAACAGGACGGGCCUCCCGCUGCUCCCCCAACGUCGUCGACACCCCGGGCCUUUCCGCCGCACCAGGAUCCCACGCGUUCCUGCUGGUGAUCAGGGGGUGAGGUUCACAGAGGAGGAAAGGGAUACCCUCAUGAGGUGGAUCCAGGAGAACUUUGGAGAAGAGUCUUUAAUGUUCACCAUGGUGCUGUUCACUGGGGGAGACCAGCUAGAGGGGAAACCAGUGGAGGACAACAGUCAACUGCUACAACUAAUCAGUACCUGCAGGGACAGAUAUCAUGUCUUCAACAACAAGGAGAAAGAUGACCACACUCAGGUCACUGAGCUGCUGGAGAAGAUAGAGGAGAUGGUGGAGAGCAAUGGUGGAAACCACUUCAAUGUCAACACACACCCAGUAAGGGAGAAAGAAGGGUCUGGUGUGGUGGUCACCAUGGUGAUGUUAGUGGCAGUUGGAGCUGUGUAUGGAGCAAAAUACAAGAUGGUGGGAACUUGGAGAGAAACAAAAGUGAAAAUGAAAGGUUGACUCCUGAAAAAUGAUGUGAAAAUCAAUGUAUUCUUAUGACUACAUUGAAUUACAGAGCUUUGAUCUAAGUUUUGGUUAGACUCAUUGUUGACAUUUAUUUACUCCCGUUUUAUGAGUGUGAAUGAUGAUCAUAUGUUAUUAAGGAGAGACAUAAUUGUCAAAACAUAUUGUAUCUGUAUCAUACAUUGCUGUCCAACACAAUUUGUAUGCUGAAAUCAAAUUCAGUAACAAAUCAUGAAAUAAAUUGAGAUUUUUAUGAAAACAAA